GCUCUGGGAAAACCACCAUCGUUAGCGUAUUCGGGUUUCGACACUAAAUGAAUAACCGCCUAAUGCUUCCUAUAUUUGGCACGUAAACGUAUUUAGUCUCUUCUUCACGUGUCUGUGAAUGCAACCGGAUUAUUAUGCACGCUACGCACAAGUCAGGGGUAUAAGGUGGUAAACAGUGUGUAAACACUUUACCACCUCCCUCAUUCCUGCUUGCUCAUCGAAGUGUAUUCAGAACUCGCGGGGCCACUGGGUGAUGCUUGGAUGGGGAAGAUUGAGAUGUUAAGCCAUCCUAUUCCAGGGAAGAGCGUGCAGACUGCGCGAUACGUGCGACCAAGGAACCAUUGCGGUCUGAACAAGGGUAUCCCGUCUAUAGUGGCCAUUCAUCGUGGCGGCGCCGGGUCAGCGAAGCGCAGAGUGCCGCGUGUGGAGCACUGCAGACAGGAUAACAGUUCCUUCCACAAACGUCUCUUUACGAAUAGCAGAGAACGAUGGCGCCAAUACCAAGUUAACUUGGCGUUUGCCGAGCUGCGCAAACUAUUGCCGACUUAUCCGCCUGACAAGAAACUCUCAAAACACGAGAUUUUGCGUUCAACAAUGAAGUACAUUAAGUUCUUGGAUGGUCUUUUACAAGAAAUGCAGCGAGAGGCGGAGAAUAAGUGCGUUGAAUGCGGGGAACUGCCAGAAAAGUCCGCGACUGCGGAUAAAAUAAAGAUCGAGACACAAGCUCCUUACCUUCACGCCAUCAAUAUAGACACCUUAACCCCAAAGAUACGACUCGUAGAGUCAACCGAAGGAUCUUCAAACUCAAACGACUCCAUCACUUGAUAUAUAAGAUUUAGUGUUUAUUUUAUUCAAAUGUGUUAUUGUUUCAACGAGUAGUGUGCCAAUUCCAUCGAAGAAAUAUCAAAAAAGGCUGUAGCUUGAUAAGAAGCGAAGAAAAUAAGUACUAAAUCAUACACAAGCUUUACAGAUAAAUGUUAAAUAUAUAAAAGUAGGCAAAUAAGCAAUAGGAUUGAGAACAUACGGCAGAGGUGAACUUCACACAUGCAAUGUCUCAGUAUAAAAGUGCGCUAAGCAGAUAAAAAUCGUCAUCAAUCAUACAACCCUAAACUUACAACAACAUCUCUUUGCAAAUACCAAGAACAUAUGAUUGUAUAAAAGUCUUUGGAAAUUAUCUAUAUAGGUUAUAACCACCAGGCUAAAAAUGUUAUUGGUUAUCAAAUAGAUACGUUAGUUUUGCGCGUAGCGGGCUCCUGAGAAUACGUAUUUUGUUUUUUUUUUGCUAGAAAUCCUCUAAGCGCAGGGAGAGGCGUCUACAAAUCGAUAUCGAUAUACUUUAUUCAUUGACUGUUUUGAUGCUAUCUAGUGUUUCCGGGAACGUCUCUCUUGUAGAUUGUAAUCUUUAUUGGAUUUGCUCUAUGAAGUAUAAGAGACACCUAUGAGGUAGCGAUGGGUAGAUCACCUAGUUAAGAUUUGCCACAAGAACUGGCCCAAGCGAUACAGGGAAAAGUUCACUUGUGUGUCUCUCGUAUAUGCAAGAAUGAAGUCGAAACCAGAUAUGAAAUUUGGUAUAAAGAAAGAUGCACAGUGAGGAAAAGAUGUACAUAGUCCUAAUCGAAUUCACUGCAGGGCUGCAAUUUAAACUUCAGUGAUGCAA